CCUCCUCCUCCUCCUCCUCCACGUUUGUCUGGCCCUGAAUGAGCUUUUCAUUUUAUUACAAUCCCAUCGAUGCUUGUUUAUUGUUUUUUUUUACUUUUUAACUUUUUGUUAACUUACAGGCCCUCCAUUUUGGAAUGUUUACCAAAUAUUUUUUCCUUGAUUGGAAAAAAAUAUAAUAUUCUUUCUUUGUGUUCCCCAUCCUGCCUUUGCAUGGACCUCUGCAAGAUGAACGCUCAUCCUUUGAAACCUACUGGAGGGCUGCCUGCUCAGCUAGCAUGCUAGCAAACACAUACAGUAGCUAGAACGUGCCGUACCCCAAAUAAUCACAACCUGUUUGACUCAAUGAAUCCAUUAGCGAAUGAACAAUUCAUCGAGAAAUACAAAGGGUUGAGUUUCACAAAUUCCCAGGUGCUCGACAAAGACUCGAGUCUCAGGGACUCAUGGGUUCUCAACAAAGGGUUGAGUCUCACAGAUUCCCGGGUGCUCGACAAAGACUCGAGUCUCGGGGACUCAUGGAUUCUCAACAAAGGGUUGAGUUUCACAGACUCCCAGGUGCUUGACAAAGACUCGAGUCUCAGGGACUCAUGGGUUCUCAACAAAGGGUUUCACGGAUUCCCAGGUGCUCGACAAAGACUCGAGUCUCAGGGACUCAUGGGUUCUCAACAAAGGUUGAGUUUCACAGAUUCCCAGGUGCUCGACAAAGACUCGGGUCUCAGGGACUCAUGGGUUCUCAACAAAGGGUUGAGUUUCACAGAUUCCCGGGUGCUCGAAGAAGACUCGAGUCUCAGGGACUCAUGGGUUCUCAACAAAGGUUGAGUUUCAUAGAUUCCCGGGUGCUCGACAAAGACUCGAGUCUCAGGGACUCAUGGGUUCUCAACAAAGGGUUGAGUUUUACAGAUUCCCAGGUGCUCGACAAAGACUCGAGUCUCAGGGACUCAUGGGUUCUCAACAAAGGGUUGAGUUUCAUAGAUUCCCGGGUGCUCGACGAAGACUCGAGUCUCAGGGACUCAUGGGUUCUCAACAAAGGGUUGAGUUUCACAGAUUCCCAGGUGCUCGACAAAGACUCGAGUCUCAGGGACUCAUGGGUUCUCAACAAAGGGUUGAGUUUUACAGAUUCCCAGGUGCUCGACAAAGACUCGAGUCUCAGGGACUCAUGGGUUCUCAACAAAGGGUUGAGUUUCAUAGAUUCCCGGGUGCUCGACGAAGACUCGAGUCUCAGGGACUCAUGGGUUCUCAACAAAGGGUUGAGUUUCACAGAUUCCCAGGUGCUCGACAAAGACUCGAGUCUCAGGGACUCAUGGGUUCUCAACAAAGGGUUGAGUUUUACAGAUUCCCAGGUGCUCGACAAAGACUCGAGUCUCAGGGACUCAUGGGUUCUCAACAAAGGGUUGAGUUUCACAGAUUCCCAAGUGCUCAACAAAGACUUGUCUUGGGGACUCAUGGGAUCUCAACAAAAGGUUGAGUUUCACAGAUUCCCAAGUGCUCGACAAAGACUCUAGUCUCAGGGACUCAUGGGUUCUCAACAAAGGGUUGAGUUUCACAGAUUCCCAGGUGCUCGACAAAGACUCGAGUCUCAGGGACUCAUGGGUUCUCAACAAAGGGUUGAGUUUUACAGAUUCCCAGGUGCUCGACAAAGACUCGAGUCUCAGGGACUCAUGGGUUCUCAACAAAGGGUUGAGUUUCAUAGAUUCCCGGGUGCUCGACGAAGACUCGAGUCUCAGGGACUCAUGGGUUCUCAACAAAGGGUUGAGUUUCACAGAUUCCCAGGUGCUCGACAAAGACUCGAGUCUCAGGGAAUCAUGGGUUCUCAACAAAGGGUUGAGUUUCACAAAUUCCCAGGUGCUCAACAAAGACUCGAGUCUCAGGGACUCAUGGGUUCUCAACAAAGGGUUAAGUUUUACAGAUUCCCAGGUGCUCGACAAAGACUCGAGUCUCAGGGACUCAUGGGUUCUCAACAGAGGUUGAGUUUCACAGAUUCCCAAACAAUGACAUGCUCUUUUCCUUAUCAACUUGUCC